UCAAACCCACACAUUCCUCACAGCCCUCAUGUUACGCUUACUCGUAUCCAGGCACCAUAGAUUGCUUAAAAGAUGAAGUUAACUAACAUACCGCGCGUGCGCUUGUGUCUUAUAGGAAAAUGUUCAUUGGUGGCCUGAACUGGGAGACUACAGACCAAUCACUGAGGGAUUACUUCUCGCAAUUCGGCGAGGUUGUUGAAUGCACCGUUAUGAGAGAUGGCGCCACCGGUCGCUCGCGUGGCUUUGGUUUCCUUACCUUCAAGGAUCCCAAGACUGUCAACAUUGUCAUGGUCAAGGAACACUACCUUGACGGCAAGAUCAUUGACCCCAAGCGCGCCAUUCCCCGCGAUGAGCAAGAGAAGACCUCCAAGAUCUUCGUUGGUGGCGUGUCCCAGGAGACCACCGACCACGAGUUCCGCGAAUACUUUGCCCAGUUCGGCCGUGUCGUCGAUGCCACCCUCAUGAUGGACAAGGACACUGGCCGUCCCCGUGGUUUCGGUUUCGUUACUUUUGAAUCCGAAGCCGGCGUUGAGGCGUGCCUCUCUGCCAACCUUGAGAUCCAUGGUAAGCCCAUCGAAGUCAAGAAAGCCCAACCCCGCGGCAACUUGCGCGAGGAGGCCGAGGAAGCUGCUAGACGCGGCGGCGGCAAGUUCGGUCAGCGCCGCAACGGUCAGCAAGGCGGCGGCAUGGACGACGGCUCCGGCCAAGGCGGCAUGAACGCCAUGGGCGGCAUGGGCGGCGCCGGCACCGCCGGCAUGACACCCCAGCUCAUGGCCCAGUAUCUCCAACGCAUGCAGCAGGCCUUCCAGAUGAUGCAGCAGCAAAUGGCCAUGAACAGGGGCAUGCAAAAUCCAAUGGUCCAAAUGAUGCAGAUGCAGCAGAUGCAGCAAAUGCAACAACAGAUGAUGGCCGCUCAACAGGCUCACGCCGCGGCUCAGGCUGGUGCGGGACAGCAAGGCAACGGUGGCCGCGCUGGUAGUGUCGGCGCGGGUCAGGGGCCUAACGCGCAGAACCCCCAGGCGAUGGCCGCGGCCAUGGGCAUGAACCCGGCCAUGAUGCAGCAGAUGAUGGGUGGCGCUGGCGGUCCUGGAGGAGCCGGUGGUGCUGAUGGCGGUGCCGCUGGUCCCAAGGGGGGAUUCAACGGCUUCGACGGUCAGCAGGGCUUCGAUGGCCAACAGCGCGGUCCCGGCGGCGGCGGUAACCGCGGUCCUCGCAAUGACCCCGCUGGUAACGCUUACGGCGGCGGCAUGCCCAGCGCUGGAGCAGGCUACAACAUGGGCGCCACCAGCUGGGAGGGCAUGUACGAUGACGUCCCGCAGCCGAUGAUGGGCGGUCCCGGUUUCGGUCCCGGUAUGGGUGGAAUGGGUAUGGGUAUGGGCGGUGGCAUGGGCGGUGGUGGCGGCGGUGGAGGAGGAGGAGGACGUGGUGGGUUCCAUAAGAAUCGCGGCCAUCACCACGGCGGCGGCGGCGGCGGCGGCGGCGGUGGUCAUCAGCAGGGUGGUCACCAGGGCUCGCACUCACCCGGCGGACCGGUCGACCCGGCCAGCGCCCCUCCUCCGAACGCGCCCACGGGCCCGAAGAACGCUGGCAAGCCUGGUGCGAACUAUCGCGGUGGCGGAAGGGGUGGAAACAGGGGCUUCCAUCCUUAUGCUAGGGGUUAGAAGUCUUUUGGUAGAUAGGGCGAUGGUAAAGCGAGCUUGCUUCAUCAUCGAUCGGAAUGUCCCUGCAGAAUCUACAAGCGGACGAAAGAAAGUUUCGGUCUCCUUGCUUUUGAGCAACCACCCCCAAGCCACCAGCAUGGUCACAAAAGACAAAGAAAACAACAACACUGACAGCCAACCACCCAACAACCCCCAGCACCAAACAACCGGCGUGGUCGGGCUGUAGAGGUAUUCCGUGAGGAGAAAAACG